AUGUCGAUUGGCAUUGCAGAUCUAGAACACCCCGUAUCUUCCGCCACUUCGGCGUCAUCUCCACCGUUCCAAUCGCGAGAUUCGCAGAUUCGUGAUCAAUCGCGUCUUGCGCCUGCAUUACUCCUCUCAUCUCCGCCAUCGGGAAACUCGAGCCCGUCGACCGUCGGUUCCGUUGGUCAACGAGCUCCCCCGAGCAUCGGCCUCGACCCACCACCGCUUCCAUUUCUUUCCUCAUACCGCGGGGCUGAAGAAUCCCUGACCUCGUCACCGGUUAACCGGCGGGCAGAGAGCAGUAUCUACUACACAACCGCCUGGGGCUCUCCGUAUGCAGCACCAAGCACUCGGAGACUGUCAGUGACCCAUAGCCAACUUACGAGUCUCAACCUCGAAUCUGGUCCUGGCUCGCCAGUGUCAUCAGUAGCCAACCACACCGAAUUCCGGAGAUCCAUCACUGCGGAGGACGACGAGACACUCGAACCUGUCGACCGUGAUAUUGAUCAAAACGGAGAGAAAUCCAUACGGGACUUUACACAGGAUUGGAUCAAUCAGUACUUGACCGGUCAGCCUAGAACAGAGCGCAGCAACUGGCUCAGUGACGACUCGGGAAGUGAAGCGCCAUCCUUUUUUACUGCGAAAAAUCACCUUGCGGACGACGCCUCCGACGAUUGGCUCGGUUUUGAAGACGAUUAUCGGACCGAAGAACUGCUGAGGACGCCGACGCUCUCUGAUUUUGUUGGCAAGAAAGCAGCCAAUCGUGCGAAAGCUAAAAAUACCUUGCACAAACGCGCCGACACCCUGCGCCAGGAAGACUUUUGGGGCUUCGCCUACGACAAAGAGCCUCAGCCCAACAUGUCAGACCAGAAUACUACACUACCUACCAUGGAGACGAAUUCCCCGGUUGAAAAACCGCUUCCCCCACCUCCGACAAAUGCGACAGAUGAUAUUCCAACCAUGGCUGAGCGCCCACCAUUAAAGACACAGGUCUCUGAAAUAAGCAGAUCGGCCACUCAGACGCCACGGCGGAGGAAAAAGCUGAAUUGGCGUGGAAAGGCCUGCAUUAUCGAAUUACCACAGGAGGACAGCAGAGGAUCAGACGGAUCUGGUUAUCGUCUCUUAUCCCCAGCUGAUGUUCAAGAGCGAAUGCGAAAAUGGGAGGAAGAGGGAUACGAUACUAGGGGAUUCACCAUUGGCGACAAUGACGAUCCUGCCGGGGCGACGGCUCUGGGGGGUCUCAGCCGUCCUUUAUACCCCGAUCCCUAUGAACUCUAUGAAGAUGCUAAGGCUCAAGAACUUGUUGUCAACUUCCCAGACAGAGCUAAGUGGCAGUCCUAUAUCACCGAGCUUCAGGAGGAAAAGCUGCGUGCCCUUGGCGUAUCGUUUGGCGACGAUGAACCCGCAGAAUCCAUUUCACCUGAUUACUCGAUCAACCAGAGUGGGACGCCUUUCCCUGGUCUCAUCGCAUCCCCGCCGAUCCCUACUGCGUCAGCGGCGAGCAACCCCAUCGGCCAUAUUCAUCCAUUCUCGCCUCACUUUAAUCAAUCCUCCAUUCCUACCCCUGGUGCGAUGGGGGCGUUGGCUUCUCCCGCUUCACAGUUCGGCAUGCAAACACCAUUCAUGGGUGUCGAACAAGGCAUGAUGGGAGGAUUCCCAUUCCAGUACCAACCCACACCUCCCGCUCAAGGUUCGAUGACCCCUCAAGGGUUCAUGAAUGCCCGACAGGUGAGCGGCUCCGCUGGCCCUGGGCCAAUGGGCAACUUUGCCUCCAUGCUCUCCCCAGUGUCUCCGCUUCACGAGCAGGGCUCGUUCAACCCUGCAUUCAACGAAAAGGGCGCUUUCGAUGAUCAAUUCGGCCACAAUACACAACAAGAUGGCUUGCAGUUCCAGCCUCCCAAGACUCCUGUCAAUGGGCACCCAGAUCAUUACCACACAUCGAAUGUCGAAAUUGCUCACCCUACACCUCGGGGACAUGGCCACAAUCUCAGCGAAACACUGCAAAGAGGACUAGAUCAGAUGACACAUACCGACUAUCACCUGGAGGACUCGAUUGAACGUCAGUUAGAAGAUGAUUAUCGCGAUGUCAACCACGCUGGACUCAAUGCCAGUAUGCUGAAGUCCCGUUGGGGAUUGCCGGAAAACGAACACCACCCCCAGAACGCUUUCGCUCAGCUUCACCAUCCUCAUCAAUUCUUUGGAGAUCAGUAUCAGCAACACAACGCCCAAGACGGCUCUGACCUUGAGACGAAUCCAAGUGUUGCAGGUACGCCUCACACUCGCCAAGGCGGGUGGCACGAACCCCAAGCCAGUGGACACUCUUACCAGAGAGGACACCAGCAGCAACUCUCUAUCUCAUCCCUCAACGUGGAGGCCAAGGAAUUUGACCCGUCUGCGUCCUUCAAUACCCAGGCCGCGCCGCUUGGAAACGAUGCAUUCCAAUUCAGUGGCAUGGGAGACCAAGGGUUUGGGUUCGCCCCACCUCACUCCUUUGCGUCUGCCAGUGACCCGAAUGGCACAGCAGGUCAUGACCCAGGCCACACUGCUCAAUCCGGAUUCAAGUUCUCCGCAGCUUCGUUCAAUGUCGACGCACCAGUCUUCAACCCUUCUGCCAGUGUCAACUCAGCUGUCAGUUCUGAGCAGCCAUCUGCGAACCGAACCAAAAUCUUUGGUGACAUUGACAUCGAUGAAAUUUCCAAACCCGACAAGACUUCAAAGGCAAUUCCCAUCGUGCGACCCGAUGAAACCGAACAGAACAAAUCGGAGGAGCAACCUGUUGAAGACAAUGCUCAGGAUCGUCCUGUUCCCACUGACCGCCACAAGCGUGCGCGUCGUGGACCCGGCCACGCCGAAGGCGAAGCCAGAUACAGCAUCUCGACCCAUCCCCUCGGUGAGGCUGGUAAUGUUCAAGCUUCUGGCUCACUCCACGCAGUCGCAGAGGGUAAGGAGAACGCCAUGCCCGAGGACAACCCCAUCGACCGAAGAGGUACACCUGCGAGCGAAGCUACCACUUGGACACUGUUUGAUGCCAAGAACGAGGCUGAAAACCGGUCGCUUGCUGGAUCACCCAUCCGCGCAAAGCCUGUUCUGGAAGCCCCGGAGGCUGAGGAGACUGGGCAAGACAUUGUUGUCGAGGAGCGUAAGCCCAAGGAGCCUGCUGCGGGAGAUGAUACUUCCGUGACAGUUUCCAAGAGUAUCGAUCAUGCUCCUCAUGGAUCCAAAACCUCUAUCAAGAGUACUGGGCUGUCAGCUACUGCUCCGACCUUUGAGUUCAAGCCUGCUGUUUCAGAAUUUAUUCCUACAGCCGUCGAUUCUUCGAGCUUUGCUGAGCCGAAGUCCGUUGAAAAGCAGCCCGCUAAGGAUGGACUCAUGGCUUCACGAUUUGCUACAGCAAGCCCACCAAGCAAACAUUCCGAACCUCAGUCCACCACUCCGUCUCGCGAUCAAGCACAAAUUAUCACCCGGCAACCUAAGCAUGCUUCAAGCCCAUGGAACUCUGAGAACGACUCUCCCGACGAUGACGAGUUGAACGCGAUCAUGGAGCAGCUAAAUGAUGACUCUGAUGUUGGAAUUGAGCGACACAUGACCCCCUUCAACACAAUCCAUGCCACCCCCUUCCGGCCGCGCCAAGAACAUCUCACAGAGUCGAUGGGUGGACCAACAAAGGAACAGCGCUUUGGCUCCGUGGAAGCCCGGAGCGAGGCCCCCAGCCCAAGUCCUGGUGGCGCCCCCAAGUACAAGCUUGACAUCCCCAGACUCGGCUCUGACAUCGAUGCCAACAGCAACGCUACCUUCUCUCCACAGAAGAGCCUUAUCUCUCGUCUGCAAUCCCCAGUGCAUCACUUGGUUACUGAAAACGAUCAUGUCAGUGACUGGGAUGACAUGAUCUCCGCUGGUGAGGAUGAGAAGUUCAUGAACAGGAACCGCUUCUUCGAUCGCCGUAUCAACGACCUUGUUGGUUCUGCAAUUGAUGACAAGUUGGGUCCCAUGGAGCGCGCUCUGGCUGUGAUUCAGCAAUCCGUGGCUUCCAUUGCUACUGGUACUGCCAGCCGCAGGGUAUUCCGCAGCACAUCAGCCGAGAUGGAGGACAGUGAUGCUGAUGACGAGGACGAUGGUGAAGUGGAGGAAGAGUCAGUUCGCGAUCGCUCGCCCCACAACAUGCGAGAGCGCAAGCUGGAGAUGCUAAAGAAUGUUGUCAUGGAAGCUUUGGUCACUCACGAUAUUCCUCAGCGUGCCGCUCCCCAUUCCAGCCACGGCGAGAUGUCCCAGCUCAAGGAGAGCAUUGCUGAGCUGCAAGCCCUGACAAUCAAGAAGCUCGCUCAGGACCCUGUGGGUGACAUGCGUGAAAUUCUCGAGGAAACAAUGGCUAGGCAGUUGGCUCAGCAGGCUGCGUUGCAGACUCCGCGUCUGUCCGAGGCUGAGGAAAUCGGUGCCGACAGCCUCAUGCUCCAGAUUGACGGACUCAAGAGCAUGCUGCGUCUCGCCGAUGAACGCGCUGAACAAGAGUACAAUGAUCGCCGACAGGCGCAGGAUUCCAUGACUGAGCUUCAGCGUCUGCUGAAGUUCGCUGAGGAGGAUGCUGCUCGUCACAGUGCUGCUGCUGAAGAUGCCGAAUCUCGUCUUCUUCAAUUCAAGGAAGAGAAGAUUCCUUACUUUGAGAAGAUGCAGUUCCGCACCGAAUCACUUUCUGAGGAGAGUGAAACUCUCAAGGUCACCAUUGCCGAGUUAUCUACAAAGAACAUCGCUCUCGAGGGUACCCUGGACGAAUACCGUGUAUCCAGUGACAGCUUCCGCCGCCAACUCGACACGACUAAGGGUGAGAACCAGUCUCUUCACGAGACUAUUGAUCACCUGAGAACUCGUAUCGAGGACAGCAUGAUCUCGCGUCAGAAUCUCACUGAGAAAUUCGACCGUCUGCAGAACGAUAUGCUCAGUGUUACGGCUGAUAUCACCCGCGAUCAGGCCUCAUGGCGCCAGAAGGAGCAAGAGCAGAAUGCCAAGUACAACGAGCUUCGUGCAUCUCACUCUCGUGAGCUGCAGUUGCGCCAGAAACUUGAGGACGAUGUCCGCAUGUUCGAGAACCAGGAGCGGGAAGCCACGAAGCUCAAGUUCCUCCAUGAGCAGUCCCAGCAAGAGAAGACUCGACUGGAGGAACUGGUCAACAGCUUGCGUGCUGAGAACCAUGAUCUGGAGCUCAAGUCAGCUCGCUUCAAACGUGAAUUCACCGAGGCCCGCGAGAGCAGCCGUAUCGAGAUCCAACGCACUCGUUCCUCCAUGGAAGCGGAUGUGGACGCUGCAAACAGCCAGGUCAACAUCGUACGUGCUGAGCUUGAAGCUCAGUUGAUUCGCCUGCAGACACAGCUUGACAACAACCGCAUGGAUACUGAUACUUCUCGUGAGCGCUAUGAGCUUCUUCUAGAGGAAGCUAGGGAUUCCAAGGUUACUGCACUGGCUGCCAAGGAUCUUGCCAUUGAUGAGACACGCAAGAUGCACGAGCGUGUUCUCAAUGACUUGCGCGAACGUCACGCACGCGCUUUGCACAAUUCGUCUGAGGAUCGCGCGCGCGGUGAAAACCACAACAUGGAGCGCAUGGCCUUGUCGGAGGAGAAGGCUAAACACUUGCAGGAGCGGGUGAGCCAUCUUGAGGAAAGACUGGAGAUUGCCCAAUCUGCCGCCCGUGCUGCUGCUGAGGCCGCUCACAGUGCUAAGGCAAGCCCUGCGGCCCCAACUGCGGCCCCCUCGCACUCACGAUCAACGCCAUCCAUGUCUUUCGGUAAGGCAUCAGAGGAGCCGGAGAAGAUCUCCCCUCAGGCUUUGCGAGAGUCGAUCUUCGUGCUCCAGGACCAGCUCCAACAGCGCGAGACACGUAUCGAGGAGCUCGAGCAAGAAGUUUCAACCAUAGACAAGGACGCACCUAACAAGAUUAAGGAAAAGGACACAGAGAUCACCUGGUUGCGCGAGCUCCUUGGUGUCCGCAUUGAUGAUCUGCAAGAUAUCAUUCAGACCCUCUCCAAGCCUACCUUCAAUCAGCAUGCCGUCCGCGACGCAGCUAUCCGCCUCAAAGCAAACCUUCAAAUGCAACUGCAGGAGAAGGAACGCCUGGCAUCUGGCAAUCUCCCCUCACUCUCCGAUCUCGCUGCCUCGCCCCGCUCCCUUCCUCUGGCCGCGGCCGCAGCCUGGGGCAACUGGCGCAAGGGUCGCGAAACCAACCAAACUGCCGACUCGACCCCCUCCAAGCCCAGUAACGCCGGUACGUUCCUGUCGGGCCUUUUGACGCCCCCGAGCUCCCAUGUCCGACAAAAUGGCCCCGGUCAGCAAAUGAGUGCUGCCCAGCGAUUCGCGGAAACCCGACCUCUGAGGGGGUUCAAGUCGCCGAAGCGUGCCCCUGCGCGUAAGGAGCCUGCUGCCGUAGAGCCUCCCAAAACCCCGCCUCUUCUCCGCCGCUCGAGCUACGAUCACGAUGCCGAGCCGGCGAACUAUGAAGAGAACCACUUUGACGAGAACGAAAGUACCGUCGAUGGAUUGGUCUCCGCGUCACCGAAGGAGAGAGAUGAUGAGGGACCAUUUGGGCCUCAGAUUGGAGAGGCCGCAGAUAUCGAUGCGGAAAUGUCUUCCUCUGAUGAUCCCUCCACAGAGGAGGAAUGA